ACACUAUUACUGGAGUUGAAAAGACACAUCCAGUCGUCAUAAUCGUUAUUUUUUCCUUGUGUUUUCGCAAACAGUCUAUAGAAUUACACCAUGAUUACAAUAAAACAUGUUGACACGUCUGAGAAGUCUUUUUCAUAGGAAAAUGUGUGAUUUGUUUAAGUACCUUUUAAAAAAGACCUAACCGGCAUUUUAAAUGUGGACGUUGGUAAUUGGAUGUUUUUGUUGUUUUGAUCUGUUUCUGCCUUAAUGCUUACUGACUAUGAUCGCUUUACUGCUGUAAAAUAAUUACAAUAUUUUACGAUCAGUCUGUGCUCUCUGUCUAAAUAGUACGGUGUUUUUUUCCAGCGAAUAGAUUGGUGAAUAUCGUUACUGGUGUCUACAUCGUAUACUUUUACGGACGAUAAGAAUUCUCCCCCACUUUUAGCAUCUAGGGGAUGAGCUUUACUUCCGAUGAGGUUAAUUUUCUUAUAUUCAGGUAUCUUCAAGAAUCAGGUUAUUGUCAUUCAGCAUACCUAUUCGGUUUGGAAAGCCAAAUUAGCCAGUCAAACGUUGAUGGGGCUCUUGUGCCUCCUGGCUCCUUAUUAUACUUGAUCCAGAAAGGUCUUCAGUACACAGAAGCCGAAAUAAGCAUUGGGGAGGAUGGAAGUGAACGUGUCGUCGAAUCACUCUCCUUGAUUGAUGCUGUUGUACCAGACGUUAUUGAAAAGCGCAAAAGCUUGCUUAAACAGCAGACUACAGCAGCAGCUAGUGUUAGCACAUCAGGCAACGUUUUGUGCAACAAUGUACCCCUAACAUCUGCUGUAAACUGUACCUCUCAUAUCGGAAAUGUUUCUGUUGCAUCUACUGUAUCGGAUCAGUUAUCAGCUACAAAUUCCCAUUCAUUUCCUAUGGAUAUAUCUACUGUUCCUAUUACUACACACACACAAACUGACAGUCUGCAUACUUCUGUGGGUCAUAUGCCCAAUAAAAACGAUGUUUCGAGCAUUUCAUCACACCCACAUUCUCACCAACACAAUGCUUAUACCCCAUCCACUCUUAGCACAAUUAAACCGAAUAAUCCUCCCAAUGCAGUUAAUUCAUCCAUACUUAAUGCCUCUAGUAAUGUAAAUCCGUCAACGCCAUCCACUCCUGUCUGUUCAGUUGCCCUAAUUUCAAGUAUCAGUCCGGUUAAUGCGUCAAAUGCUACUCCACUAAUCGGAAUCAAUAAAAUAACGGCUUCUCAGCAGUCUUCUGUAACUCCUGGACAACUGACAACUCACCAUAUCCCUCAGUCCGUACUCCUGUCAACAAUACAGACGAAUGGAGAACAUCAUGGCGGAACACUAGUUAAUCACUAUCGUGGUAAUGAUACUAUGGAAGUUGACCGAGUACAUGUUGCGGAAGUAAAUAACACAUCUCCUCUACUCUCAAGACAAAUCCCACCUGAACGAAUUACUGUUUUGAAGGGUCAUCAGUCUGAAGUUUUCAUCUGUGCAUGGAAUCCCCGCAACGAUAUGCUAGCAUCUGGCUCUGGUGAUUCAACAGCACGGAUAUGGAAUCUUGAAGAGCCUAUCACGAAUGCUCACCACGUCCCUCAGCUAGUUUUAACGCAUUGGGUAAAUCUUGACGGCCAAACAGUGUUGAGUAACAAGGAUGUUACCUCUCUGGAUUGGAAUUCUGAUGGGAGUUUCUUAGCCACUGGAUCGUACGACGGAUUUGCUCGAGUGUGGAACACUGACGGUCGUUUGGCAACAACUCUCGGUCAACAUAAAGGACCUAUUUUUGCCCUGAAAUGGAACAAGAAGGGCAACUAUAUUCUCACAGCAGGGGUUGACAAGACGACCAUUAUAUGGGAGGCACAAACUGGUAGGAUCGCUCAGCAGUUCGCAUUUCAUGUUGCUCCUACAUUGGAUGUUGAUUGGCAAUCGAUGGAUAGUUUUGCAUCUUGUUCAACGGACACGAAUAUUCAUGUUUGCCAGUUGGGUUGCUCUUCGCCUGUAAAAACAUUCCAAGGUCAUGAGAAUGAAGUCAACGCAAUUAAAUGGGAUCCUAAUGGUCGACUUUUGGCUUCGUGUUCAGACGACAUGACACUGAAAGUUUGGGAUAUGCAUCAUGAUCGUUGUGUGCAUGACCUUCGAGGUCAUACCAAAGAGAUUUAUACCAUAAAAUGGAGUCCUACAGGUCCUGGGACUGCUUUUGCUAGUUCUCCCCUUUGUCUUGCUAGUGCCAGUUUUGAUUCCACAGUUCGGUUAUGGGAGGUUGAAACAGGUCAAUGCCGACGAAUCUUAUCAAGACAUACUGAACCUGUAUAUAGCGUUGCAUUCAGUCCUGAUGGUCGUCUUUUGGCAACUGGUUCAUUUGACCAAUGUGUUCAUAUAUGGAAUGUUGAUUCUGGAAACCUUAUAAAUAGCUAUCAAGGGACUGGUGGCAUUUUUGAAGUUUGCUGGAAUUCACGAGGAGACAAAGUGGGAGCUAGUGCUUCAGAUGGUUCUGUCGUGGUGCUUGAUUUAAGGAGGUAGCAGUGACUGUUGUUCCUUUCUUUGAAAUCAACCUACGAAGUCCAGUCGUUGAUGUUGUUCAUCUACACUUGUACACUUUAAACAAUUAUUCAUCUCAGCUAUUUAAAUGAACAUGCUGUAUGGGUGAUAAAACAUCGCAGUUUGUUAACCCUAAGCUUUCAGUCAGUGAUCAGAUUCUACAAGUACUCUGUACUGUCAUGCGUUCAUGGAUGGCAUAACUUGUCGUUCGUUUACUUGUCUCUAGUUUUCUGAUCCAGUUGCCUACCGCUAGCUGUAACCGCUGCAGAGUGUCCUGAAGUGUGUCUGUAAACGUAUCUCUCUGUCAUUCCCGGAAUACACUGAGUUUUGUACAUUUCUGAACAAUAGUGAAGUCAAGGCCCUUGUUAUUUUACUUCAAGUCAGUCUUUUUGAAUCCAUAUGCUUUUUGGAGGAAAGGAAGCAACCCACAAGAACCAAAGUUGUUUUGUUCUCAUUGCUUCGGUUGUUGUAUUCCUUGUAAAGCUGUAUUUCAGUUACAUAUUAUGUUAGAUCAUACCCUUCUUCAGUUCCUAUUUUUGCGCCACUUUGUGCCAUUGUUCCCACUUUGGCAGCGAGGCUCAAACUUUGACGUUCCAAUGGCAACCCACAUCUAAAUUGCUUACAAACUUGUAUGAAUGGUUUCCUUAUGGGUUUUAUGGUUGUUUUACGCUACAUUAUCCGGUGAUCGUAACGUUUCGUUCUUGUUAAGGAUUAUUGUGUGCGUAGCAUUUUUUUCAAGUCAUUUCCCUUUUCUGUGUGUAUGUGUGUGUUUUCUUUGAUAGCACAAGGGAUUGAUUCGCUGAGAUGGAGUUUUCAUUUCACUUCAAUGUAAAACUGUUUCUUCAUCUUUAACUGAUUCAUUCAAUCUGUGCCAACUAUGUUAUUCCCUCGGUAUGUUUUCUAAGUGUUUCAUGUUGAUCAUAAUAUGCCACCUUCGAAUCUUUAUGACUGGGUAUAAAUUGUAGCAUGUUACCUCAGACAUUUUGUUUGUUUCUACAUUAUCCUACACCACUUGUUUUUUGUUCUUAUACUUUUAAAAAACACCUUACGUCUAUUUCAUUUUUCCACCUCUAUACAUUUUUGUUUCCAUGACUUUCUUGUUGAUCAUAAAGUUCUAAAUCUAUCUUCAUACUGUCUUCUUUUGUUUGCUGCUACAUUUCUGCUUCCUUGAUUUCACUAGAUCACAUGCCCUACUCACUUUCUUGCUACAUCAUUGUUUUGGCUGUGGUUUCGUUUUGUCAAAUGAUGAGUCUGCUCUGUUGUCAUUGGUCUAGCUUUCUUCUUGUAGUACUAACAUCGUUUCUUCAUCAAGAUAGCUGUAUUUGUAGACUUCCCUUAUCCCAUGUAUUAUGCUUGAAUCAUUAGAAUUAUUCUCGUUUUCACUACUUAAAAUUCAUUGUGGACCUGUAAAUUAUGUUCCUAACUCUAUGGUAAUUGACAUUAUCACAACAUUUCACAUAUGUGGCUACCUUUCCGUGUGUGUUGAACUCUUUAUAUUGUACUUUUAUUCGAGCAGCUGUGUUAUUGUUUAUGGGGGUGUCUCCUUUACUCUUCCUCUUAUGGGAAAGUGCUCGUAUAUGUUGCGUGUUGUUCCUAUUAUACUUCAGUUCUCAUUGAACAUGCCCACAUCCCUGAAAUUCUCUCAAAGCAUAUUUUUUCAUUCUCAAAAUAACUGCCCACUGUAUAUUUUUCCGUUUUUUUUUCGAAAAAUUUCCCGGAUGUAAUAAUCAACUUAGUUGCGAUUUUGUACUUUUUACCUUUAAAACUGAAGUGUUGGGGUUGGCAAAUAUAGCAUUUAUACCUUGUUUGAUGAUACUUCAGGGUUUUCCUUCAACUCGGUUAUUCUUGAAUAUUUUAGUCGUAUUUCAAGUAUUAUUAAACCUAUAGUGAUCACCCAUUUAAGUGUGGUUAGCGAUGAAUUGAUGCUUUAUCGCAUGUGAUUUGCGUACACCUUUGUGAUUGAUUAAUUCUCUAUUUUAUUGUAAUUUAGAUUCGUUUUCACUCACAAAACACGUUAAGUCUUUGUGAUACUAAUGUCGAGAUGACUAGCGAAUGUGACUAGACCAGUUUCAUCAGAUAUAGCUGUUUGUCGUUUGAUCUGCAUCCUUGUAUUUCACAAGUAAAAUUGCCAAAUUAUAUGAUGUUGUUAACUUGGAUUUAG